GUGUCUAAUCCUGAGCGGAAACGAGGAUGUUGGAGGGGUGAAAAAACGUGAAAUUUGUUUUAAAAGCUGAGUUUAUUGCUUCCGACAGCAUCGAGGCUACUGUGUUUCGCAAUGCUUAUGAGAAAUCAACUGAUGUAAUUUAUAGUUUACAUUUUUCGGAUGAUGGCCCAAAUGAAUCGCCUUGCUCAUGAAUAUAACCAACAGAUACCUGGAAAUCCUGAUUCAGAUUACUCUAGUGCAGCAGAAGCUUUGCAGCAGUGUUCGCUUUAUUCUCCUGGGGACUCCUCUUCUUCUCAGCAACAUGCUGCAUCCUCUUCCUCUGAAAAUGCAAAUAUAGCUUCGGAUUAUAAACCUGCUCUACCACCAAAACCGUUUCAAGGCCCUCCAGUUUAUCGUGAACCUCCAACCCCACCUGUACAUGAUGAACCCCUUCAACAUCCAGACAUAUGUAUCAAUUCUGCAACUCCAUCAUCUCAUCAACGACCAAAUGAAAGUAUGGCCUAUUCUCAUCCGCCUAAUUUAAGCGAAAGGCCUGAUCGUCUUGGUUCUAGAACACAUGCUUGGGUACAAGAACAUAAGACAUCCGGAAAACUUGUUGGAGAAAAACUAUCUUCUCUUCAAAGAAAAUUGCGGUCAUUUCUUAGUCAGUCAUCGAGCAAGGAAUUGACUGAACUGGAAAAAACUAGUUCCAUUGAAGAACCCAAAGUUGAAACACGAGAUAACUGGAAUUUUCAAAGUGCUCCAGAGAACAUUCGAAGACCUAGAGGUUUUAGUUCUACUGGCUAUAAUAUGAAUACCUCAUCAGGAAAUGAUCAACUGAGUUACAUAUCUCCAUCUUCUUUUGGGAGCAACAGUGUAGCCUUAUCCAUUCCACAAUCAACAAACCAUGCACAUCAUUAUAAACCAUUUCAGCCGGAGAGACACCCAUUUGCUGCUGCUACAAAUGUUUCUGAGCAAGAAGAUGCUACUGACCCUGACCAAAUGCGUGACACUUGCAAUAAACUGUUUGCGAGAGAACAACGGAUAAGCUGGACAAAUUAUUUAAAUCCAAGGAACUCAUACUCUAAUAACAUAAAGUCCUCCUAUGAUUAUGAUAAGUUAGUGCCAAAAGAAGUGAUCGGGCGACCAUCUCAAGAGAAGAAACCUGAAAUGUCAGCUAAUUGUGAAGCUCUUUAUGGAGGUGUUACACCUUUUCCCAGUUUUGCUAAAGCCCAUGAAACGUCUUCAAAGCAAAUGGAUCACCAGUCUCGAACUGGUGAUGGCUCUUAUUAUGCUAAGAGAGUACAAAACUUUAGUGAGGAAGUGAAUGCAGUCCCUGCAUCUUCUUGUGAGACUAAAGUGCCAAGUGAUGAAACUGAACCAACUUCUGCCGAUGCAUUACCAACCAGUACUACUGAUUGUGGAGAUGUAACUGAUGUAUAUAAAUCUUCUUCAGAAUCAGGUAGAGGUACGAUGCAUAGUAGUAUGCAUGGUUCAAAAAGCGUAGUUUCUCCUCAUAGUAGUGGAGUUAGUGCUGCAAGCAACCUUGAUACAAGUAUUGACUCUGAUCAUAGUGCAAGUGGAGCAAUCUGGGGUCAGAAAAAUCGCAGUUGUCAAGAUAAAAGAUAUUCAGAGGAAUAUCAGGUAAACAAAGUCAAACACAUAUAUGAGACACCAAAUACAUCCAGUACUUGUAGACAGUCAGCUGAAAAGGAAGAACCAGAUGAUGCUUCAAGUGAGAGUUUGUCAGUCACUCCACCUCUGCCACCACUCUCGCCUGCGCCUUCUCCUCCUGUCAGUGUAGAAAAUUCCCCAAAGCUUUCUUCAAAGGCUAAAUAUAAAUUAUCUUUGAGUGCAUCAGCAUUGAAUGGCUGUUAUGGGAAAUCAGGUGAACAUCAACAAAAAAUUUGUGAUUUGCCAUCUAAAAGUUCAUCUGGGAAAAAAUCAGGCGUCAGAAGGACAACUAGCAUUAAUCAGACGACUUGCAGACAUAGAAGUGGUAAAAGUUCGCAGUAUGCCAAAGCUUCAGCUUCAAGCCACCGAUUAGGUAUAGCGCAUAGUAACUGUGCUUCUAGAAAAUGCAAUAGCUCACCUCCAUCUAGGCACCAUUCAAGAACUCAGUUAGCCUACCCUUGUUAUUUGGAUAAUGCUGAUCCAGAACUUACAUCAACUACUACUGGAUUGGAUAUGGAAAGUUUGCUGGACGAUGAUGAUUACAGUAGUGAUCUUAGUGCAACAGCUAGCACAAUGGAACCAAAUGAAGUUGCUAUGAUCAGGAAGCAGCUUGAAGGCUUAGAAACAAUGUAUUCUGAAAUACUUCGUUUGCUUGGUGUAAAGAAUUCUUGUAAAAGCAGUGCAUUUGCAAGCUCAUUAGAUGUUUCACGCCAUUCACGUAGAAAACUCAAUGGCAGCUUAUCAUCUCUAACUGGUCGUAGCUCUACAAGUCGUGGUAAUCACAGUUUUGUAGAUAAGAGGGGCUUUAGCGAAAAAAGGCGAACCAAAGAAUGUAGAACAAGUUCGGCAAGCAAGCGUCUUCAGCGUUUGGAAAGCCAUGUUGUUACGCUAGCUCGAAGUGUUGCUCACCUUUCAUCAGAAAUGAGGACUCAGCAUGUCCUUGUUCAAGAAUUGGAAAAUAUGCGGCAAGAUGUAACUUGGGUUCAAGAACGGUUGCGAUUGAUGCAACUGGCUCAAGGUUGCCAUCCUAGCAAUGCUCCUGGGAAAGGCCAUCAACUUGCGAUGCAUAGGGACUGGGAUAAUUUCCACAAAGAAGUUCUAGAAUUACUUAAUCCGUCCAGAGCAAAGAAACUGACCAAGUUUUUUGGUGAUGAGCCUCCUUUGAUCAGGCAGUUUCUGAAACGACUUGGUUAUGAGAAAUAUGCUGCAAAUUUUGAAAAUGAAAAAAUUGGAAUAAAAGAGCUACCUUAUUUGACCGAAGAUCGUUUGCAAAAAAUGGGUAUUCCAAUGGGACCUCGUAUACGAAUUCUACAAGAAGCACAAACUUGUUGUCCUCAAAAUCAGUAUAAAGUCUAUAUUGUAUGACAUUGAUUAUAUCUUCUGUAAAGCUGUCUCAACUUUUUCUUUGAGAAAGUUUAAGUUCAGCCCAAAAAAUGUUAGUGUAAUUUGUUGUAACAUCUUAAUUCAUAAUACAUGUGUCUUUCAUUAAUUUGUGCUCAAGAUUCUGAAAGUGUGAUCUGGUUAUAAUGCAGAUUAUAUGUGUUCAUCAUUGUAAUGGUUACCUGAUUGUUUUUGGUAAUGUAAUGUAAUCCACGAAUACAUAAAUGAAUUUUAUCAGCAUAAAAAGGUGAAGCUUUGACAUUGUAUAAAUCAUAUCCAAGGAUGCCUUAAUCAUGUUCAAAUAUAUAUGUUUUUGUAUUACAACUGUUUUAUCUUGUACAGGUGGAAAAAAAUACAUGAAUAUUUUUACAGAUCUGUUUUUAAACAUAUCAUUCCGUUUUAUCUUGAAAGAAUGAAAAGAUGAAUCUCACUCAUAAUGUGAAAGCUUUAAUUUCAUUUUGAUAUAUAUCAUUUUGUGUUAUAAAUAUUGUAAGCAAAAUGUGCCUUAUACUUAUUUUUUGUAUUUAUGAAAGAUAAAAAUGCUACUUAAUUUUAAUUGUUAUAAAACAGCUAUAUAAAGAGAUCUGAUGUGUAUUGUGUCACAUGUUAUACCUCAAAGUGGAUUUUUAUAUAUAUUUUUUAAUUUAUAAACUGGAAUAUUUGUGUGAUGUUUUAAACUUUUGUACACACUCUCAUCUGAAGUCAAGUAUUUUACAGUUUUUGUGGAAAACAUAUAUGCAGCUCUAUUUGUGUAUUUGUUUUUUAUUCUGAUGUUUAAUAAAUCUAUUUUCAAUAUCA